GCGGCGCGCUCAGCCCUGCGCAGCUCCGCCCGCGGCCGCCCGCGGUUCGCACGUCUCGGCUCGGCUCUGCGCGGCCAGCCCAGCCCAGCCUCCCCGGGACCCCCGAGCCUCCGCGCCUGGGGCCACGCUGGAGCCCCUUGCCCCGCAGCGGAGGCGAGCCGCGACUUGGCGCGGCGGCCGGCGGCCGCCCGGCUGCGGAGGUCCUGCAAGUUCUCUGAGUGCCAGGUGUUGAAUGAUGAACUGGAGUGUCACCAGUGCACCAUGAAGAUUGACUUCACUUUUGCCCUCCCAAGGAUCACAUACUUUAUGAAUUCACUUUCUCUUCCAUCUUACUGCCACCUCCUUCAGUACUGUCAUCACUUCUAGGAAACCAGAAUCUGAGGCUUUGGCUUCAUCUCUGCCUUUCCUCCCUCCCAGGAACAACCAGUGUCACCUUUGUGUUCUGCUAAAACAAACCUCUGUGGGUUAUUUUGCCCUUCACAAAAGUGCACCAGCUGGAGAAGUCACUUCGUAUACCCUGUACAUCUGAUAUCCAGAGAUAAAGGCCUCUGGAUAAUUGAGAUCUUUGCUUGGAGAGGACGCAUUUCUUCUUGGUCACGUGCCCUUGCUAUUUCCCUUUCCAACUACUCUCCCUCGCUCUGUCCGUCUGUGCUCUCCUCUUCCUGCUGGAUUUAACAGAUUCAGUGUUGACUGCUGGAGUUGUCCUCCCAGUAGUGUGGCUUUUGUUUUUCUCCUGGUGAAAGCAGAUUCUUGAAACAAUGGGCUUCACUCUCCACUCUGUCUACUUCACUUUGAAGGUGAGUUUGCUGCUUGGCUCCUUGCUGGGCCUCUCUUUGGGUCUGGAGUUCAUGGGCAUCCCCAACCAGUGGGCCCGCUUCCUCCGCUGGGAUGCCAGCACUAGGAGUGAACUCAGCUUCCAGUUCAAGACCAAUGUUUCUGCUGGGCUGCUUCUCUACUUUGAUGACGGUGGUGUCUGUGACUUCCUCUGUCUGUCUCUUGUUGAUGGGCGCAUCCAGCUCCAGUUCAGUGUGGACUGUGCAGAGACUACAGUUAUCACAGAUAAGCAGGUCAACGACAGCAACUGGCACUUCCUGAUGGUCAGCCGCAAUCACCUUCGGACAGUGCUAGUGCUGGAUGGUGAAGCCAAACCAGGUGAGGUGCGUCCACAGCGUCAAUAUAUGAAUAUUGUCAGUGACCUUUUUGUGGGUGGAGUCCCUUUGGACAUCCGUCCUGCCACCUUGACCCUUGAUGGUGUUCUGAGUGAGCCUCCGUUUCAAGGAUUUAUUCUGGAUCUGAAAUAUGGCAACUCUGAGCCGCAUCUUCUGGACAGUCAAGGAGUCCGACUGGAAAUGGAAGGGCUUUGCACAGAAAACCCUUGUGAAAAUGGUGGCACUUGCUUUCUUCUAGAUGGUGAGCCACACUGUGACUGCUCAGCUACUGGGUACGUUGGCAAGCUGUGUUCUGAAGAUGUCAAUCACAUUCCAGGUCUCUCACACCUGAUGAUGGGUGAACAAGCGCGAGAUGAGAACAUGGCCACUUUCCGUGGUUCCGAAUAUCUUUGCUAUGACCUGUCUCAAAACCCCAUCCAGAGCAGCAGCGAUGAGAUCACUCUCUCCUUCAAGACAUGGCAACGCAACGGGCUCAUUCUGCACACCGGCAAGUCUGCUGAUUAUGUCAACCUGGCCCUGAAAGAUGGUGCGGUCUCACUGGUCAUUAACCUGGGGUCUGGGGCCUUCGAGGCCAUUGUGGAGCCUGUCAAUGGCAAAUUCAAUGACAACGCAUGGCAUGACGUUAAGGUGACGCGCAACUUGCGGCAGGUGACCAUCUCUGUGGAUGGCAUCCUUACCACCACGGGUUACACACAGGAAGACUACACCAUGCUGGGCUCGGAUGACUUCUUCUAUGUGGGAGGGAGCCCCAGUACUGCUGAUUUACCUGGCUCUCCAGUAAGCAACAACUUCAUGGGCUGCCUCAAAGAGGUUGUUUAUAAGAAUAAUGACAUUCGUCUGGAGCUGUCUCGCUUGGCACGGAUUGGUGAUACUAAGAUGAAAAUCUAUGGAGAAGUGAAAUUUGUAUGUGAGAAUGUGGCCACACUGGACCCCAUCAGCUUUGAGACACCUGAGGCAUAUAUUAGUUUGCCCAAAUGGAACACCAAAAGGAUGGGCUCCAUAUCAUUUGAUUUCCGAACCACCGAACCCAAUGGGCUAAUACUUUUCACCCAUGGCAAGCCUCAGGAGAGGAAAGAUGCCAGGAGCCAGAAAAACACAAAAGUAGACUUCUUUGCCGUUGAACUUCUAGAUGGGAACCUCUACUUGUUGCUGGACAUGGGAUCUGGGACCAUUAAAGUCAAAGCCACACAGAAGAAAGCCAAUGAUGGAGAAUGGUAUCAUGUGGAUAUUCAGCGAGAUGGAAGAUCAGGUACUAUAUCAGUGAACAGCAGACGCACUCCAUUCACCGCUAGUGGAGAGAGUGAGAUCCUAGAUCUGGAGGGUGACAUGUACCUGGGUGGGCUGCCAGAGAACCGGGCAGGACUCAUCCUUCCCACUGAGCUCUGGACAGCAAUGCUGAAUUAUGGCUACGUUGGCUGUAUCCGAGAUUUGUUCAUCGACGGGCGAAGCAAGAACAUCCGGCAGCUGGCAGAGGCACAGAAUGCAGCAGGAGUCAAGUCCUCCUGCUCCCGCCUGAGUACCAAGCAAUGUGACAGCUACCCAUGUAAGAAUAAUGCUGUCUGCAAGGAUGGCUGGAACCGCUUCAUUUGUGACUGCACUGGCACUGGCUAUUGGGGAAGAACAUGCGAGCGAGAGGCCUCUAUCUUGAGCUAUGAUGGCAGCAUGUACAUGAAGAUCAUCAUGCCCAUGGUCAUGCAUACUGAGGCAGAAGAUGUGUCCUUCCGUUUCAUGUCCCAGCGUGCCUAUGGGCUGUUGAUGGCAACCACCUCACGAGAUUCUGCUGACACUCUGCGUCUGGAGCUGGAUGGAGGCCGUGUCAAACUAAUGGUCAACUUAGACUGUAUCAGGAUAAACUGUAACGCCAGCAAGGGACCUGAAACUCUUUAUGCGGGGCAGAAGCUCAACGACAAUGAGUGGCACACUGUUCGGGUAGUUCGACGUGGAAAGAGCCUCAAACUGAUGGUGGAUGAUGAUGUUGCUGAGGGCACAAUGGUUGGUGAUCACACCCGCUUGGAGUUCCAUAACAUUGAGACAGGGAUCAUGACUGAGAAACGUUACAUUUCUGUCAUCCCUUCUAGCUUUAUUGGUCACCUUCAGAGCCUCAUGUUCAAUGGGAUGCUCUACAUUGACCUGUGCAAGAAUGGUGAUAUUGACUACUGUGAGCUGAAGGCACGCUUUGGUCUCCGCAACAUUAUAGCUGACCCUGUGACAUUCAAGACCAAGAGCAGCUACCUGAGUCUGGCCACCUUGCAGGCUUAUACAUCCAUGCACCUCUUCUUUCAGUUUAAGACCACUUCAGCUGAUGGUUUCAUACUCUUUAACAGUGGUGAUGGUAAUGACUUCAUUGCAGUUGAGCUAGUCAAGGGCUAUAUACACUAUGUGUUUGACCUUGGGAAUGGACCCAAUGUUAUUAAAGGCAACAGUGACCGUCCUCUUAAUGACAACCAGUGGCACAAUGUUGUCAUCACCAGAGACAACAGUAACACACACAGUCUAAAGGUGGACACUAAGAUGGUCACUCAAGUUAUCAAUGGAGCCAAAAAUCUGGAUCUUAAAGGUGAUCUCUACAUUGCUGGUCUAGCUCAAGGCAUGUACAGCAACCUCCCAAAGCUAGUGGCCUCACGUGACGGAUUUCAGGGCUGCCUAGCAUCUGUGGACUUGAAUGGGCGUCUUCCUGAUCUAAUUAAUGAUGCUCUGCACCGCAGUGGGCAGAUUGAACGUGGAUGUGAAGGACCAAGCACUACCUGCCAGGAAGAUUCCUGUGCAAAUCAGGGUAUCUGUAAUCAGCAGUGGGAAGGCUUCACCUGUGAUUGCUCCAUGACUUCAUAUUCUGGGAGCCAGUGUAAUGACCCUGGUGCCACGUAUAUAUUUGGGAAGAGUGGAGGCCUCAUCUUGUACACCUGGCCAGCUAAUGACAGACCAAGCACAAGGACUGACCGUCUUGCUGUGGGCUUCAGCACAACAGUGAAAGAUGGCAUUCUUGUACGGAUUGACAGUGCCCCUGGACUCGGUGAUUUUCUGCAACUGCAUAUAGAGCAGGGCAAGAUUGGCGUAGUCUUCAAUAUUGGCACAGUGGAUAUCUCUAUUAAAGAGGAAAGCACACCUGUGAAUGAUGGCAAAUACCAUGUGGUGCGCUUUACCAGGAAUGGCGGCAAUGCUACGCUUCAAGUUGACAGCUGGCCAGUGAAUGAACACUAUCCAACAGGCAACACUGAUAGUGAACGGUUCCAAAUGGUAAAACAGAAAAUCCCCUUCAAAUAUAACCGGCCUGUAGAGGAGUGGCUGCAGGAAAAAGAUGAUGCAACACCGCAUCACCACUUGACUUCGAGACCUGCCACGACGACCACCAAAAUUGGACGACAGUUAACGAUCUUCAACACCCAGGCGCAAAUAGCCAUAGGAGGAAAAGACAGAGGGCGUCUCUUCCAAGGCCAACUCUCCGGUCUCUAUUACAAUGGCUUGAAAGUGUUGAACAUGGCAGCAGAGAACAACCCUAACAUUAAAAUCAAUGGAAGUGUCCGUCUUGUCGGGGAGGUCCCUUCCAUCUUGGGAACAACACCCACAACCUCUGUGCCACCAGAAAUGUCUACUACUGUCAUGGAAACCACAACUACGAUGGCCACCACUACAACCCGAAAAAAUCGUUCACCACCUAGCAUCCAGACAACAGAUGACAUUGUUUCAUCCGCUGAAUGUUCUAGCGAUGAUGAAGAUUUCAUUGACUGUGAACCCAGUACAGGAGGUGAAUUAGUUAUUCCUCUACUUGUAGAAGACCCUUUAGAUAUCCCUCCUAUUGCUACUCGUGCACCUUUCAUUACACUUCCCCCUACCUUUCGCCCCCUCCUCACCAUUAUUGAGACCACCAAAGAUUCCCUGUCCAUGACCUCUGAGGCGGGGUUACCUUGCUUGUCGGACCAAGGCAGCGAUGGUUGUGAUGAUGAUGGCUUGGUGAUAUCUGGGUAUGGCUCAGGGGAAACCUUUGACUCUAACCUACCCCCUACUGAUGAUGAAGAUUUUUACACCACCUUCUCCUUGGUAACAGAUAAGAGUCUUUCCACUUCAAUCUUCGAAGGUGGCUACAAAGCACACGCACCCAAGUGGGAAUCCAAGGACUUUAGACCUAACAAAGUCUCCGAAACUGGUAGGACUACUACCACGUCUUUGUCCCCUGAGCUGAUCCGCUCCACAGCUUCGUCCUCGACUGGGAUGGUACCCAAAUUGCCAGCCGGCAAAAUGAAUAACCGUGAGCUCAAACCCCAGCCUGACAUAGUCUUGCUUCCGUUGCCCACUGCCUAUGAGCUAGACAGCACAAAGCUGAAGAGCCCGCUAAUCACUUCCCCCAUGUUCCGUAAUGUGCCCACAGCAAACCCCACGGAGCCAGGAAUCAGACGGGUUCCGGGGGCCUCAGAGGUGGUCCGCGAGUCGAGCAGCACAACGGGGAUGGUCGUCGGCAUUGUGGCUGCUGCCGCCCUCUGCAUCCUCAUCCUCCUGUACGCCAUGUACAAGUACAGGAACAGGGACGAGGGGUCCUAUCAGGUGGACGAGACGCGAAACUACAUCAGCAACUCAGCCCAGAGCAACGGCACGCUCAUGAAGGAGAAGCAGCAGAGCUCAAAGAGUGGCCACAAGAAACAGAAAAACAAGGACAAAGAGUAUUAUGUGUAAAAAAGAAUACUUAUUUAUAUAUAAAUAUAUAAAUACUUAAUGAGAUUUAACUAUCAGAAUCAUUGCAGUGAACGAGAUUAGGAGAUAUCGUUUGUGGGAAAAAGUAUUGGGAAAAAAAAAUAUCAGCAGUGACUGUUAAUGUCUCAGUCAUCACUUGGAGUCAGCAAACUCUGCCCUAAUGUAUUAUAAAGCACACUUAGCGUUCUGGAGAUGGCGCAUACAGCUCUGCCCUGUUAGUGAACUUGGACGUCUCCAAAUCUCCUCCUCCGCUGAACUUUCUGCAAAAGUAGAAGACUUCAUGGCUUACUUGUUUCAUAUCUCCAAAAACCGUCGUCUUGCAGUAAGUUAUUUGCUAACAAUGCAGUGAAAGUAUGUGAUGGGUGCUGAUGAAGAAAAUUAUGGAGAGCUGGUCCCCUUGGAUCUGCCACCAGGAUUUGCAAAUGAACUGAAGAAUAGAUGGGUUUGGAUCUGUUCUGAUCAGAAUCAUUGGAAUUAUUUGAGAAUAUUGCUUAGUAUGUGAUAGCACAGCCAAACUAUUGUUAAAAGGAUUUGAAGAUUCAAAAAAAAGGAUGCUUAAGAAACGGUUAGUCAUUCUGAGCUAAAUAUACCAUGCAAAAAUAAAGGAGCCUUCCUCCAGGUUCUAGUUCUGUGACUGACUGCAAUGCAUGCAAAAAAAAUAAAAAAUCAGUUUAAUAAAGAGAUCAGAAAGACACCACUGGAGUUCAACUUGUGAUAAGACCCAUAAAAUGUAUGAAAAGUUAACCACUUGUAAAAGAAUGCAAAAAUGUAUUAUUUUUUUUUUUUUUGACACAAAACUGUUUUUUCAUAUGUACUACUUUAAUUUUGUAGCUUGACAUUUCAGAUCAUGUCUUUCCAUUUGCCCUAUUCUCUCUUUUCCUUCUCUUUUAUAUAAAAGAAAAUAAAGCUGCUGUGACACACAAAAUAAUAAAGAAAAAGGAAUUUAAUAAUAUUAUAUAUAUAUACACACAGAUAUAUUUAUCAUGGUAUGUUUGAUGGGACGACUGGAACAGAAGUUCUGUUAUGGUCUUAAUGUGGAAUAAGAAUGUUCUUGAAGAACAGAGUAAAAAGAAACAGAAAACAAAAGCAAACCGUAAGAUGUGAAGAAAGCGUGUGUUUUAGCUUUGUCACAGUUACCUGUGUCAAGAAAAAAUACCUGAAAGUUUGUUUACAUAUUUUACUACUAUUUUUUUUGCUAGUAUAAUUUCUAUAUGAAUACCCUGAAGGUGUAUAUACUGUUUUAUGGUUAAAUUGGGAAUGUCUUUUGUUUUUAACUGAUUUAAUUUGGUUGUUUGGUUCCUACAUUUUCCCAGUUACUGUGAAAAGGAUUACUUACUGUAUAGAAAAUAGCCAGGUGGUUUGAUGGCCAUGCCUGUCACAUACAAAAAGAAAAAAAAAAAAAAAAAAGAGCAAAUGAGGGAGAAAGAGAGAAAACCAACAAAAAACAAGAUGGAUUGAGAACUCUGAAAUAUCAGAAAUGUACACUUUUUCUGUAUACAGAUGAAAACUAAUCAGCUGUUUAGGUUUAGAAAUCUACUCUUGCUGGUGUUCAUAAGUCGCAUGAAUAUUUGACUUUGAAGAAGUGUCAUCAAAUACACACACGCACAUGGGAACUUAAAUUCAAAGAAACAGCCUUCUCAAACACUUAGAGAAGCCGCUUUCAUGUUAACAAAUACUUUCAGUGUGUAUGUGUGCGUGGUGCGUGUGCGUGAGAGGUUGAGCCUUUUUUUCCUUUUUUAUUUUUUAUACUAAAAAGAAAAAAAAGACAGGUUUUAAAAAGGUAUGAAAGCACGAUUUUAGAUGAUUUAACUGGCCAAAACUAUAUAGAGUUGAUUAUAUCUUGAUGUCUGUAAAAGAUUGCUGUUCUUGGAGUCUUGGAGUCUUGUGAAAUGAUUUCCUUUCUUCCUUUCCUUUUUGCUUUCCUUUUUUAAGUUAAGAGGAAAAAAAACAAUUACACUUUCCUUUUUUUGUGUAAGUUUCUAUUGGACAUUUUUGGGGAACAUGUGCAUUCCUGUAUGUGGGCUUCUACCAUAUCCCUGUUGCUUUAUGAACAAUCUUAAGAAUUUUUCUUUGAGUUAUUGUGAUGUUAUUGCUUUUUUCACCGUUCUUUUUCUUCCUUUUUGAUUCUUUUUCUUUUCUUAUUUGCAUUUUGUUUAAAGAUACGCUUAGCAAUAAAAUGUUCUUCCCAAA